ACGUUGCUGUCAUGGCUGCCGCCACUCUGAGCAAGGAAAGAUAUCACCCCAUCUUUGGUGGUUAUUAUACGGGUCACUGCAACUGGCAAGUCCAAACUGGCGAUCGAAAUUGGGAAAAGACUACAGGGGGAAAUUAUAAGCGCCGAUUCCAUGCAGGUAUACAAGGGGCUGGAUCUCAUCACCAACAAGGUUACCGAGGAGGAACAAGCCCAGUGUCGCCAUCACAUGAUCAGCUUUGUGGAUCCAUUGGUUAGAGGGUUCACCGUGGUGGACUUCAGGAACAAAGGACCUGCUAGCAAUGUGCCUCCUGUCUAUGGUUUGGAUGUGACCGACGUGACCAAGUUGGGAGACCACUGUGGAGAUAUUGGACUGCCUGCAAAAGCCCAUCAGAAGUCUAAAAACCAUCUUUACCAAGUCCGCAAGAGGAGAAAAGCCGAGCUGGCCACAGAUCAGCCCCAGGAUGUAAAGGCCUCGCUGGCUCUGCUGUUGCUUAUGGGGUCAAACUUGCAGAUGGACCAGAGAAAUGAAGUGCUCUGGUGUGGAUCCUGAUGUAUUUCUAAGACCAAUAGUAAUUUUGAGCUGGACAGAUGUCUUCUCCGCUGCUUUGUCUUUUUAACUACAUCCAACCAUGUCUGGUGCUCUUUUAAACAAUAGUGGAAGCUGUGCUCUCCCCUUUGGCUUUUCUGACUGAGCUACCUCCGCAGUUGUUGGAUUACUGGGUCACAUUUUUCGUCUGCUGAUCAGGACCUGAACAGGUUUUUUACAUCAGACAGAGGAUUUUAUUUGGAAGCCUUAAACUUUUAGAAUCUGUUGAGCAGCCUUUUGGGUUUGCAUGUAACUGUGGACAUUUAAGUUCGCUAAUAUGGACUUUCUCUCACCAGGAUUCUAAGUGCCUUUACAAUUUUUCUGAAGACAAACUGUCAUAUUCUUUCUCUUACAUUUUUAAGACUCUGUUGGAUUUAUUUUGGAUUGGAGUGCUGUUAUUGCAAGAGUGUUACAGAAUGUCUAUCAUUACCAAAUUUAUGUAAAUGUAAUUUGUAAUUAAACUACUUUUUAUGAUUUAAAUAUUACUCCUCUAAACGGAUGUUUUUUUUUUUUUUGUUGUUUUUUUUUUGUGGUGCGUACUAAGUGCAAUCAUCCCUUACUAUUGCUCAUACUUAAGGCCAGGGUAUACUUUAUUUUUCUGUGUUCCGGAUCGGAUCACACCUGGCCGACCAUGUUGCUUUUCAAAGUAUACUUUUGUUCCCGUGAAUGAAUACGAACGUGUUUGUCGAAUACGCACUACGAUUGCUUUGUGGUGCUCUUUUAGUACUGUCAAUGGCCGACGCACAGACGAGGACCGUGUCCGUGGGUUGAGAAAAUCUGGGCCACUUGGACUGUGCUGAUGAUGAAAUUUGCGUCACACAUAAAGUGCACAGAGCGAUCAGCGACGUGGACAACCGAAGUAUACUUUGGCCUUUAGGGUCAGUAACUUGAACAGACUCCUGUCUCACAGAGAAUGCCAGAACAUACUUGAAGCAAGUAAGUGAACACAGACCAGAGCCCUUGGGUAAUGCUUUGCCAACGUGCGGUUUGGUUGCAAAUGAUUGCAUUACUGUGGCAGUAACAAACGUUAGUACUUAAGGGGACGAUAGAGAUACCUUCAAAAGUUGCCAUUAAGCUGAAUGUGUUUUUAUUCAAGUGGCAUUAACUAACUACUUCAGCAAUAUUCUCUUAAAAUUCUUGCUCAUGCAUAAUAGUAAUUGACUUGUAAGAGAAAACAGUAGAAGCAGACAAUUCAUACUAAUGUCCGCUAUAGCACCCCUUGUGGCAACAUUGAGAAUGCAAUGCAUGUGUUAUGAAUCUGGCACAUUUUGAAAUGCAACAACGCACAAAUUCGAGCUUGCAUAGCAAGAAUGUGUUCAUGAACUUGUGUAGAGUAUGUUUCAGCCUUUACAUUUCAGCGCAUAACUCAUCUUCACCGUUUUGCUAUGGACAUGCCUCAAGUUGUGUGACUUGUUGAGGUGUGCUAUUACAUUUUGAAGCGAUCAGAAUCAAGAUUUUUACAUGGUGGACGAUAAAAUGUGCACACAUAAAAAAGCAAAAAAAAAAACAAAAAAAAAAACAGACUUGUUUAAAGAAGGACCCAAGCCAUAUUUAGGGAUCAGAAUAUUAUAGAGGCUGGGGUUGGGCUUUUUUGCUUGGACCAGUAAGCAACUAUCUACCAAUGCCUUGAAAACUACUCGAGGUAUCUUAAGUGUUAAGUGUUAAUAUUAUUAGUGUUAUCUCAUUUUUAAUAAUGUUGCUGCCUACCUUUAGGAACAGUCUUUGCUGUCUAGUUAGAGAGCUCAUUAGGUACACCUUAGCAACCGCAUAGCAAUUUCCUGGAAAUGACACAGAGCGUCCUUUCAUUGUGGUGGUGAGAACUGCACAGGCAAGAACCACUCAGGUUUUCUUUAGAAAUGGUCAAAUUCUAUUUAUCUAAUUAGAUGCCUCAGAAAAGCAUGAAGUCAUCAGGGUUGCUUGGGCUGCAAGCAACUAAUACCUGCUCAUACUGUCGCAUAACUUCGCAAUCCUUGGCUGGGAGCCACAAACUACCUCAUUUCUCGUUCUCCCUCUCCUUCGAUCACUGCUCCAUGUCGAUGUGCUCCAGUGUGGGAUUUCGGUAAGUUCAAAACAUACACUCAUCAGUUCCCCUGUCCAGGCUAAAUAUACAUCACCCAUACAAUAGCUGGAAGGGAGUGUUUACACAUAGUGUGUGUGUAAGUGGAUGCCCCACAUUUGCACUGAUUUGGGUCAUGGAUUUGGACUUUAGCGGGUGCCUGUAAUUCCGGUACAUACGGGGUGACCAGCAGCCCUUGUGUGGGAGUUUUAUUUUAGCUCAACAAGAGUCCAAGGUUUGGCAGGAAAGUGUCUUAGUUGGUCAGCUGAGCUUUCUCUUGAUGGAUAAGAGGUUAUCAGUAGGCAAAGAAGUACAGUAAAGACUUAGUCCACUUGGGAAAAUGUUUAUAUUUUGCAUUUGUAUUUUGCACUGUUGUCACCAAACAGAAUUGCAAAAAUGAUGACAGGUUUCCUGAACACUCCUCCUUUUCAAAAUCCUAAAACUAGUUGUUUGUCUGCCACCUUUAUAACCCUUAUGUGGUGUUCGAGUCAAAUUGACCCAUUUCAAAUUUUUACUAAAAGAAAAAUGUUACAUGGAUACAUUUUUCAACCUGAAACUCCAUGGCCUUGGCUUAUUUUCUGUGAAGAACAUGUAAAAGGAAAAAAAAAUUGAGUACACAUGCUACAAUGCCCCCACACAUUCAUGUCCUUCAUACGAUGUUCGGGUCAAUUUGACCCGCAUACACACAGAGACACAUAGACACACACACAGAAACAUGCACACACACACACACACACACACACACACUCUCACACACAUAGAGAGAGAGAGAGAGAGAGAGAGAGCACACACACACAUAUAUAGAGAGACAUACACACACAUACACCUGCUACAUUGUUACAAUCCAAGAACCGAAAAGCCAUCUGCACCCACUUUCCCGCUCUCUUUAUCGUCUGUAGUGUGGGAACCUACAGACAGACAGACACACAGAAACAUGCACACUCACUCACUCACUCACUAGAUAGGUACAUUUCCUGAAGAAAAUGUGAGUGGUGCUUGCCGUGGCAAAAUUUCUCACCACGAAGUCCCACCAACUGCCUCAAAUUGAUAAAGGCCACCCACAUGACAGGAUGUUCUGGUCCAGAGAUAUUGGUGUUGUUCCAUGGUUGCUAGGGUAACCACAUCUGGUGGCUAGGCAGUUACCAGGGUGAUACUUAUCAAGGCUCCUUGCAAUCCUGAGUGAAAUAAGUCAACCCGGACGUCUCUACGAUUUUCUGGUGCAGAGAUGUGUGUUUUGCAAUUUGGUUGCUAGGGUAAGCCAAUGUGGUUGCUAGGCAGUUGCCAGGGUGAUACUAAGAAUGCUGCUUUCUGUCUUGAGUCAUACAUGCCUACAAUGAAAUCUCUACGACAUUCUGAUCCUGAGAAACACAUCUAUGCUAUUUGGAAUGGAAGUCAAUGGUCUUUGGUUGCUAGGGUGCUCUAAAUGGUUGCUAGGGCAUGGCUAAGUAGUUUCCAUGAUGAUACUUGAAGACUGAUUGCUCACCCAAGUUAAACAAGCCAACUCUCAUGUCUCUAGGACAUUCUGAUCUGAAGAUAUUCCUCUCAAACUUUUCGAAUGGAUGUCAAUGGGGCUGGUUGCUAGGGUGCUCUAAAUGGUUGUUAGGGAGUGGUUAACCAUUAAACGGAGUGAUUCUUAUUGGCUGCUUACUAACCUGACUCAAAGGUGCUAAUCCGCAAGUCUCUAAGAUAUUCUUUUCUGAAGAUAUCCAAGUCUUUAUUAUGGUGGAUUGUUUACAUAAAUUAUAACUUUAUCACAAAAAACGAAUGACACUUCCAUUGUUAAAUGUGAUCUAGCAGAGAUUAAUUGCAAACAUUAAUCAUAUAUGUUAUCUAUAUUGUUUGGAACUGAGAUAAAGACAAUAUACAGUCAUGGGAAAAAGAAAGU